AUGCUGAGGCGUCUGCUGCAGCGCGUGAGGAUGGGGCAGAGUCUGUUUCAACCGAAAGUACUCGUAAUUGCGGGUACGACUGGCGUGGGCAAGUCGCAGCUGGCCGUUGAGCUCGCCCUGAGGUUCAAUGGCGAGGUGAUCAACUCGGAUUCGAUGCAGGUAUACUGCGGCGUCCCCAUAAUCACGAACAAGCACCCGAUAGAGGAGCGGCGGGGCGUCAAACACCACUUGAUGGACUAUGUAGGCUGGCACGAAGAGUACUACCUGCACCGGUUCGAGCAGGAGUGUCUGCAGUGCAUCGAUGACAUCCACAGGCGGGGCAAGCUGCCAAUAAUAGUCGGCGGCACCCACUACUACCUGCAGGCUUUAUUCCAGAAACGAGUGAAGGGCGAGGGCAGUCGUGCCCCCACGGCAGCCGAGCAAGAGCUCCUGAACUCGGGGGACGCUGACGCUGUAUACGAGGCUUUGGGCAAGGUUGACCCGGAUAUCGCUGCAAAAUACCAUCCUAAUGAUAUCCGCCGUGUCCGGCGGAUGCUUGAGAUAUACUACACGACUGGAACCAAGCCUAGCAGAACGUUUGCCGCCCAAGAGUUGCAGCUUCGUUACGAUACCCUAUUCUUGUGGCUAUAUAGCGACAUGGACUCUCUUGGGCCGCGAUUAGACGCGAGAGUGGAUAAUAUGCUGGCCAACGGGGGGAUGGCCGAAAUACGUGAGCUUUAUGGAUAUUAUCGGAAUAACACCUACAGCGAAGAGCAGUGCCAAAAUGGAAUAUGGCAGGUCAUCGGUUUUAAAGAGUUUUUACCAUGGCUAGAAAAUAGCGCAAUGGAGAGUCUAGAAACAUGCGUUGAUAAAAUGAAAACUAGGACGAGGCAGUAUGCUAAGAAACAGAUCAAAUGGAUUCGCAAGAUGCUAAUCCCCGACAUCAGCGGCAAAAUUUAUUUGUUGGAUGCAUCCGACUUGAGUCGUUGGGAUAAUCUGGUUCACAUGAAGGCUGUCAAAAUGGCAGCAUCCUUUUUGGAAAAUUCCGAGGAAGUUGCACAUGAGCUUGCGCCUCCCGAACUGCAGUUUUUGUUAACCAGUCCUGCUAGAACCUCCAGCCCAAAAGAGAAUAAGGAUUGGACACAUUAUAAAUGUCCAAUAUGCAGGGACAAAAAUGACCAGGAACUCACCGCGAUAGGUGAGCACAAUUGGUUAAUACACACACGCAGUCGGCGACACAAGGCCAACCUUAACAGGGGUAAGAAGAAGAAAGCAUAUGAGGAGUGGGCUAAGAAAAAACUAGCUGAAGAGAUGAUUGAACCCUCUUCUACACCCACAUCGCUGUCCUAA